GCGUUUUCAGUAUUCCACCGACCGUGUCUAUGCGAAGUCGUUUACGUCUCAUAACCACGGAAACGCGCACCGGAUUUCGCGCGUUAUCUUUAGAACUAUUUACGAGUAAUUGCUUAUUAUCCAAAAGUGCAAAAUAUAUAAUAAAUUUAUAUGUGUGUGAAUGAAAAUUAUUUCUCGACUAGGUCACUUUAAAAAGGUCACGUUCAUUAAUCGUGAAAUGAAAAUUUAAUUAAGAAAUCGUGUGUAUUAAUUAAUGUAUCAAGAAAGUAUCAAUAACGCGUUUGUUUAAAUAUUCGAAAUGAUGGCAGAUGAAACCGUCAACAUGGAAAUGCUCGAGAACAAUUUGCUGAAUGUCACGAACGUGACAGACCAAUCUUCUGCGUACAGUGAAUCCUACCCAUUACAUCUGCUAGUACCAUUAAGUGUUACGUACGCUGUCAUAUUCAUAGUCGGGAUCUUAGGGAAUACAAGCACAUGCGUGGUCAUAGCGCGUAACCGCUCCAUGCACACCGCCACUAACUUCUACCUCUUCAGUCUUGCUAUCUCCGAUAUAAUACUCCUUGUGUGCGGUCUGCCCUUAGAAUUGUAUCGCUUGUGGAAUCCGUUUACGUACCCCCUCGGUGAGGCGCAAUGUAUCACGAUAGGUCUGGCGUCUGAAACGUCUGCGAACGCAACCGUAUUGACUAUUACGGCAUUCACUAUGGAGCGAUACAUUGCUAUAUGUAGACCGUUCAUGUCGCAUACCAUGUCGAAGCUUUCACGGGCUGUGCGAUUUAUUAUUGCUAUAUGGGUGUUCGCGCUGUGUACGGCGGUACCUCAAGCGAUGCAAUUCGGUAUAGUGUCUUACGUUGAAAACGGACAGAGCAUGAGUGCUUGUACUGUGAAAGGACCUGGUGUGCACCAAGUGUUUGUCAUUUCGAGUUUUGUUUUCUUCGUUGUACCUAUGUCGGUUAUAUCGGUGUUGUACGCGUUGAUAGGGCUCAAGUUACGUACGUCUCGUAUUUUGCAUCCCGUUAAGAAGCUGUCAUUAGAUAGCAAUGAGAGGCCUGGCGCGCACACACCGUACAGAAACGGAAGCUCACAGAGGAGGGUCAUCAGAAUGCUCGUUGCUGUGGCGCUGUCGUUUUUCAUCUGUUGGGCUCCAUUUCACGUGCAGAGGCUUCUCGCGAUUUAUGGGAAGAGUUUGGAACAUCCGUCUGAUACAUUUUAUCUGGUGUACAUAGUGUUGACCUUUUUAUCUGGAGUCCUGUAUUUCCUUUCGACGGCUAUUAAUCCAUUUCUCUACAACAUAAUGUCGAACAAAUUCAGGAACGCUUUCAAGAUGACAUUAGCGGCUUGGUGUGGAAGGCGAGGUGGGCCUCGCAUGGGUCGGUCAUACAGUGCACUGCUGGCUUCGCAACGGCAGAGGGCUGCCAAUGGCUUGACAGAUCCAGUUCGAGGGCCUCGAAGACUUCGGCGACUGUCGACCGCUACUACGCACCUUUGCGAUGCGCCUCCUAGAGCGCAGUGCUACCAAAAUCGCGAUCUCUCCAUAGUGAACGAGUCACCCAGCGCUAGCAGCCACUGGAGCCGAGUUUGGCGUCUACGAAACGAGCCGUCCGACUCCAUCGGAUCUCCACGAAGUAUCUCCAACUCCAGUCUCCGAGAAGUAGACGACGAACUGACCGGAGAGGAGUUGGCCACUUAUAUGUAUCAUGUGAACUGUAAUAUAGAAGGACUUACCUGAGACACAAGUGUUUAAGUUUGGUGAAUAAUCCAGACGCUUGGAGAAAGGAUCGCGCGUACAGACGAUCGAGCUUUGGAGUAAAAGUUGUUGUCGUUUGUUGUAGUGUCGAUGUCCAGUUGCUGUAGAACGUAUUGAUAAACGUAUAAAGACUGUAAUUUGUUAACUGAUUCAGCUGUUGUGGGUUUCAUUAGGAUGAUAAUACGUAAGUUGUACAGAUUUAUGGUAUAGUACAUGAUUGCUUUAGAUGCUCCAUGUGAAAACUACUAUCGAUCACAAAAACCUCUGCUCUUUGCUAUAUGUUUAUGAGUAAAUAUAGUGCAAUAGAGGAGCUUAGAUAGGCACUAAGAUUUGUUAAAUUAGCUUUCGUCAGUCGAACUUUGUAAUGAAUUAAAAACUUACGAUUGUGCGGAAAAAUACCUGAUUGAAAAAAGGUUUUUUUUUCUUAAAUAAUAUUAAAAAAUUUAAAAUUUGUUAAGUAAAUAUGAAUUAAAAAUUUAUAAAUGCUAGAAUAAUAAUAUUUUAAACAAAUAAUUAUCGUAAUUCCUCAUUAGAUUUACGAGGAAAUGUUCAGAUAGUGUAAAUCUCAAAAAAACUAAGUAUUUGAUAAGCUACUCUUUAAAAUAACAGUCACGUUCAAGAAAUUAUUCAAAUUAGAAUUUACCAUUCAGAGCUUACGGAAGCCUUUUUAGGAAAGUAAGUAUCCAGUGUUUUACCGAAUCUAACGGUUCCCUUCUAACAGUACUAAAAAUUAAGACAGUUGACAGUAAUGAUUGUCCAAGGUAUAGGUAAAACACGUUUGAACAAACAACAUAUUUGUGUUAAUGAAAUGCAAUUACUGGUGGUAGGACCUCUUGUGAGUCCGCACGGGUAGGUACCACCGCCCCGCCUAUUUCUGCCGUGAAGCAGUAAUGCGUUUCGGUUUGAAGGGUGGGGCAGCCGUUGUAACUAUACUGAGACCUUAGAACUUAUAUGUCAAGGUGUGUGGCGCAUUUACGCUGUAGAUGUCUAUGGGCUCCAGUAACCACUUAACACCAGGUGGGCUGUGAGCUCGUCCACACAUCUAAGCAAUCAAAAAAAAAAAAAACUGUAUCACAAUCAAAAAUCAGCUGACGCGCGGAGUCAACGACCUUAUGCGACGAGGGGCUACUGUUAUCGCUAUAGAUUGCUGUUUCGCAAAAUACGCCAUCUUACAAGAACGAAUAAAUUGAUGCUUAGUUAUAGCAAUAUUUAUAGUGUUUUUUAUUUAUUCACGUUAAGGUAAAACAGUUUCACUUAUACCGUGUAUGACCUUUAAUUUUGAACAGUUGGCAAAUAUUAUACUCGUCAAAACCGUUUGUAAAUAGUUCUCGGUCAGUGAUAGUCAUACCUGAAAACAUAUUAUAAGACAUUGUGAGUAUUAAAAAUUGUUAAUUGGUGUGUGUUUUGAAAUAACGAUUUAGAUAGGUAUAAAAUUGUAAAAAAAAACAAGGGAAAAUUUUGUGAUCGCGUGAUUAUACGAUCCAAGUUUAUGAUUAUAUUAAAUUGAUGUCAGCCA